UGGCAAUGUCUAUGUGUGUGGCGUCGAGAGUGACAAAGUUUUCCACCUACUCAGAUAUCCUCUAUGGUGUCCUGGGCGAGGCUGCACGAGGUCGAAGAUCUAGUUUCGGUUAUUCAUAGUUUGGGCUUCGUUUUGCUGCUUGGCUCAGCUCCGUCUCGUCUGAGUGAAAGCACGAGGUGAGUCCUGCUGCCAGUGCUGUACUCUCUUAAGCAAGGAAGUAAGACGUGCUCGGCGAAGAUCAUUUCAGGAGUACAUGAUUUUUUUUUCUCAUAUUCGAUGAAGACAGCGUUUCUUAUAAUGAAAAGAAACUUUGAACACUGCUCCUAGAAAAGAGGAAGACGUUGGGCGCGUCCUGACAACGGCGGUGACACUUGCAAGACUAAGGUCAAAGUGAGAGACAUAAUCACGCCGGAACCUGCGAAAUCCAGGAACGACUGUGCUUACACUUUCCCUUUGGUGGCCUCGUGUGACAGAUUACAAUGAAGAGAAGGUCCCGAGCCUACACGGAGAGGGUGGAGAAUGCAGCGAUGGCCAGGGAGAGCAAGAAAAAGGGAGAGGAGGCUCCAGAUCCAGACCCCACGACUACCACCGAAGCCGCCGCCAGCACAGGCGCCGCCGCCAGCCCCAGGACAAAACCUCCCCACUCCAGCACACAACCUCACCCCCACACAACCCCAACACCACAGGUCAAAAAGCAGGAGCUCAUACACAGCGUAAAGGAAGGAGACGAGGUCAGGGCCACGGUGCUCCUCGCCGGGGGAGGAGACCCCAAGGUGACCGUCCCCGUUGCCACAGGUGGGUCGUGGUGCCUGGUGGCCCUUGCUGCCCAUCGUGGCCACGCCCACCUCCUGCCCUGCCUGCUGGGGGCGGGGCUCAGCGUGGAGGGCCGCGGCAGCGACGACCCAACACCACUGAUGCUGGCUGCCUGGCAGGGCCACACGAGAACGGUGCAGGACCUGCUGACCCUUGGCGCAGACCCGCUGGCUGCAGAUAAAGCAGGAAUGACGGCCCUCCUCUUGGCUGCUGCGCGGGGCAGUGCUGAGUGUGUGUCUGCCCUCAUACCCUCCAGUGACCUUAACGCCAAGGACAUGUAUGGCCGCACACCCCUCCACUUGGCUGCUGAGCGGGGCAGUGCUGAGUGUGUGUCUGCCCUCAUACCCUCCAGUGCCCUUAACGCCAAGGACAGGUAUGGCCGCACACCCCUCCACUGGGCUGUUAUGCGGGGCAGUGCUGAGUGUGUGUCUGCCCUCAUACCCUCCAGUGACCUUAACGCCAAGGACAGGUAUGGCCGCACACCCCUCCACUUGGCUGCUGAGCGGGGCAGUGCUGAGUGUGUGUCUGCCCUCAUACCCUCCAGUGCCCUUAACGCCAAGGACAUGUAUGGCAGCACACCCCUCCACUUGGCUGCUGAGCGGGGCAGUGCUGAGUGUGUGUCUGCCCUCAUACCCUCCAGUGCCCUUAACGCCAAAGACAAGGAUGGCCACACACCCCUCCACUUGGCUGCUAUGCAGGGCAGUGCUGAGUGUGUGUCUGCCCUCAUACCCUCCAGUGCCCUUAACGCCAAGGACAGGUAUGGCCGCACACCCCUCCACUUGGCUGCUAUGCAGGGCAGUGCUGAGUGUGUGUCUGCCCUCAUACCCUCCAGUGCCCUUAACGCCAAGGACAGGUAUGGCCGCACACCCCUCCACUUGGCUGCUAUGCAGGGCAGUGCUGAGUGUGUGUCUGCCCUCAUACCCUCCAGUGACCUUAACGCCAAAGACAAGGAUGGCCGCACACCCCUCCACUUGGCUGCUGAGCGGGACAGUGCUGAGUGUGUGUCUGUCCUCAUACCCUCCAGUGACUUUAACGACAAAGACAAGGAUGGCCGCACACCCCUCCACUUGGCUGCUGAGCGGGGCAGUGCUGAGUGUGUGUCUGCCCUCAUACCCUCCAGUGACUUUAACGACAAAGACAAGGAUGGCCGCACACCCCUCCACUUGGCUGUUAAGCGGGGCAGUGCUGAGUGUGUGUCUGUCCUCAAAGCCUUCAGUGACCUUAACGCCAAGGACAGGUAUGGCCGCACACCCCUCCACUUGGCUGUGGAGAGAGGGCAUCUGAAGGUGGUCCAGCGGCUGACGGAGAAGGACGUGACGGCCCUACCCAUCAGGGACAAGAGAGGAAGAACCCCUCUGGACGUGGCCACGAUGCGCGGCAACACUGAGGUGGAGGAAUGGCUGGGGAAGAGGAGCGGCGCGGUGCACCUGGACGCCGCCCGCUGCCUGCACCUCAUGGUGAGUACUGGCGGGAGGGUGGCGGCGCUGGGGCUGUUAUUGUUGUUGUUGAUGGUGGUGGUGGUGGUGGUGUUUUGUUGUUGUUGCUGUUUACCGAGUAGGCAACGUGUGCCGCCUGUGACGGAAGGGACGGAGGGCUAA